CUACUUCGUCUCUCCUGUCGACAUAGCUAUCUCGACGACUAGCUAGCUACGAGACAGCGUGCUCUUGUCCACAUCACCCGGCUCGCUGAAGAAGGCACGCCGCAACUCAGAACCAUUAAUUACGUCGCAGAGCACACAACGAGGACAAAUCGUACCCAGUCAUGUCAGGACAAGCUGGUAUCCCGUCAGGCGCUGGAGCUGCCCCAUCCAAUGGCGCGAGUGGCAAUGUCCUUCCCGACAUUGGCACAGGCGCAUCCGGCUCACUCGAUGUAGGAGGUAGCAUCCUUGCCGAGCUGGAGGGCAAGAUUGCGCAGACUCAAGAGUCAGUCCAGGUCAAGAGCAAAGAGCUCGACGAGCUCGAGGAGCGACUGCGCCAGGCCGAGGCGAGGAAGCAGGAGCUCGAGGCAAAGGGGGUUGGGCAAUCGUAAGCUUGCUGGAGAGAGGCAAAUGGACGAAUACGGGAGGGAUCGUUGGUGACGUGCAGUGAGGGUCGGAUGGGGAGACACACAAC